AUGGCGUUCCCAGGCGCAUUCGGCGGCCCAGGGAUGAGCGGCGGAGCAGCAGGAGGAAACGCAGGCUUGAGCGAGCCGGAGCAGCAGAUGGUGAAGAUGGUAGGAAGCACAAACAUCCCGGAGCGUUUGAGAUGGGACAUUGGCACGGAGCACGUUUCUGGCGUCCUGGCGCCAGGGGCUAUGCAAAAAGGCAUGGAAUCCUGUGUCGCAAAAUCAGCCCUAGCUGGAGGAAUGGGCUUCGUCCUCGGCGGCGCUUUUGGUCUGUUCAUGUCGAGUAUGGCCUAUGACACGCCGCUCUCCCCGCAGGGCCAACAAAUCACUUCGCUCCCUGUCCGUGAACAACUCCGCCGGGGCCUCAAAGACAUGGGCUCGAAAUCAUACUCAUCGGCUAAAAACUUCGCCCUCAUCGGUGCAUUGUACAGCGGAACCGAAUGCUGCAUAGAAGGAUUCCGGGCGAAGAGCGAUCUAAUGAACAGCGUCUCUGCCGGAUGCAUUACAGGCGGGAUAUUGGCGCACAAAGCCGGGCCCCAAGCUGCUGCGCUCGGAUGCGCUGGCUUCGCGGCAUUCAGUGCGGCGAUUGAUGCAUAUAUGCGAAUGCCGGAGAGCGAUUGA